AUGUGCAAUAAGAACGUUUUACUUGCUCACGCUCGUGCUUGGAGAAUUUACGAUGAGGAGUUCAGACCUGAACAUCAUGGAAAGGUAUCCUUAACGAACCAGAUACUUUGGGUACAGCCGUAUUCAGAAGAGUACGAGGAAUUAGCAGAUCUUGUCAUGCAGAUGGUC